AUGAAGACUAACAUUUUCGCUCUUCCGCUACUUGCUCUGGGCGGUGGAGUACUCGCUUCGCGAUGUGUGCCGCGCUCGUCGUCUGGCCUGACCAUCAGCUCGACGCCUACUUUGUCCACGCCUUCUACCGAGAGCAGCACGGUGCUGACGGCUACCCAAUCCACUGCUACUCCGUCGAUAUCUUCCACUGAGAGUAGCAGCGAAUCGACCACUCCCUCGGUCAGCCUAUCGACACCUUCUACCGAAUCUACGCCUUCCACAGUGUCAACGCCUUCUACUGUGCCAACAUCCACUGUUGAGCCGACACCUUCUACUUUGUCAACAUCUUCUGCUGAGUCAACACCUUCCACUGUAUUGACACCUUCUACCGUGCCAACAUCCUCCGCCGAGUCGACACCUUCCGCCGAGCCAACCUCUUCCACCGAGAGCACCACUCUGUUUACAUCUACAUCCACCUCCUCGACUGCCCAGGCCACAAGCACCGCCGCGCCCCAGCAGCCCAACCUGCUCACCAACUCAGGCUUUGAGGACAGCACCAUUGCACCCUGGAAGCUCUUCCGACCAAACUCCAAUCGGGGCCAGAUCAGCAUCGCGACAGAUCCCGUCUACGAAGGCUCGCAGUCGGGCAACUUCCAGUACAGUGCCGGAGCCAACUCUGCCGGCGGCGUCUGGGGCAUAUACCAGUCCGUCAGCCGCUCCGGCAUCGUCGCCAAUGAUCCCUACCAGAUCACCGUCCGCAUACGCGUGGCUCCCGGCACCUGCCCCAGCGUCUUCGUCGGCGGCACGGCAGGCGCCGACGGCCGCAUGCCUGUUGGUCAGGUUACGAUCGACGUGGCCGCUGCCUCCGUCGGCUGGGUCGAGGUUACUACGACGGUCCAGUACGCCCAGGGAACGAUUAACUCGGGGCCCGGUGUCGGUAUCAUAUCUUACUGCAGCGGUCCAGUUUCUUUUUGGGUUGAUAAUGUUGCUUUGAGAAAAGCUUCAUAG